GUUUAAGUUGUCAACAGUUACAGACUAAAGAGUACUCAGUAGGGACUUUGUAUAGCAUUUAGCGCGUCAAAAUGUUUAGCUGGCUAAGCAGAGACGAGAGUCGUCGACGAGAACCAGAAUUAUAUAAUACUGUAGUUGAUGGCUUACGGAAAAUUUAUAAAAGUAAGAUAUUACCUUUAGAGGAACAUUAUCUCUUUCAUGAAUUUCAUUCGCCGCCGUUAGAUGAUCCGGAUUUCGAUGCUAAACCAAUGAUACUGCUUGUCGGCCAAUAUUCAACAGGAAAAACUACAUUUAUUAGGUACUUACUGGAGAAGGAUUUUCCAGGUAUUAGAAUUGGACCUGAACCGACUACCGAUCGUUUUAUCGCUGUGAUGUAUGGAACUCAAGAAACUGUCAUUCCAGGAAAUGCAUUAGUCGUUGAUCCUAAAAAGCAAUUCCGACCUCUUUCAAAGUUCGGGAAUGCCUUUCUGAACAGGCUACAGUGUUCAAUGGUAAAUUGUGAUGUUUUACAAAGUUUAACAAUUGUAGAUACUCCUGGCAUAUUAUCUGGAGAAAAGCAAAGAGUUGACAGAGGCUAUGACUUUGCCGGUGUUUUGGAGUGGUUUGCGGAGAGAGUGGAUCGUAUUAUUCUGCUCUUCGACGCCCACAAAUUAGACAUAUCAGAUGAAUUUCGAAGGAGCAUCGAAGCUUUGAGAGGUCACGACGACAAAAUUCGUAUUGUUCUGAAUAAAGCAGAUAUGAUUGAUCAUCAACAACUUAUGCGUGUGUAUGGAGCUCUCAUGUGGUCUCUGGGUAAAGUAUUAAACACACCAGAAGUAGCACGAGUGUACUUAGGAUCGUUUUGGGAUCAACCAUUAAGGUAUGAUUACAAUAGAAAAUUGUUUGAAGCUGAAGAGCAGGAUUUAUUUCAAGAUUUGCAAAGCUUACCAAGAAAUGCUGCUCUUAGAAAACUCAAUGAUUUAAUCAAAAGAGCUCGAUUAGCCAAGGUUCAUGCUUACAUCAUCAGUUCUCUGCGUAGUAAUAUGCCAUCUAUGUUUGGCAAAGACAGCAAGAAAAAAGAACUUAUUAAGAACUUGAACAAUGUUUAUGAAGAGAUACAGCGAGAACAUCAUUUGCCACCGGGGGAUUUUCCAGACCUGAGGGAAAUGCAAGAGAAGUUGGUUGACAUGGACUUCACCAAGUUUCACCCUCUAAAGCCCAAACUUUUGGAAACAGUUGACAAAAUGUUAGCUGAAGAUAUUGCACGUUUGAUGGCACAGAUUCCGCAAGAGCAACGUCUUCAGUCCAGUGAGGAAUCAAAUGUGAAAGGUGGUGCCUUUGAUGGAGUUCAACAGAGCCCCUUUACCUUUGGCAGAGGAGAAGGCAUAGAUGCAGGAUCAAUGGAUUCAGAAUGGAUCGUAGGUAAAGAGCGUUACAAAUAUGACGAUAUCUUUCAAAGUCUAAAUCCUGUAGAUGGCAAAAUCACAGGCGCCAGUGCUAAAGCUGAGAUGAUUAAAUCCAAAUUACCCAAUACCGUCUUGGGCAAAGUGUGGAAGCUCUCAGAUAUAGAUAAGGACGGUAUGUUAGAUUCUGAUGAGUUUGCGCUAGCCAUGCAUCUCAUCAAUAUCAAAUUGCAAGGUCAUGAUUUACCUCUUGAAUUGCCCGAACAUUUGGUACCUCCAUCCAAAAAAAUGUUUAUACGUUAGCUGUACUUGCGUCUUAUAUUUGCCAAUGAAAUAUUUCGCAUCGUGUAUUUACUGAGAUAGAUUCUUCUGUGACUGCCCCACGAGUUUUGUUUUGGCUUCUUGAAAGAAUGUACAAAACUGUUACUGGCAAAUUUGGUUUAAAAGCUGCCUCACUUGUCCAAACUUCUUUUGUCAGUAUAUUUCUGUAUCCUAUUACUUUUUUCUUAAUUACUUUGUAUUUGCAAUUUUUAUCAUCUUUUUGUAUAGCGUAAUUAACAUUAACUGACAGUUCGAAUGCAUCCUGAGAUGCAUUUGCUCAAGUAAUCUCUUAUCUCAAGCAAGAAUAUAAUUGUGCUCUCGCAUAAAUUUAUAUAAAUGCGUUUGUUAUGUGUGUGUAUUUAUACAUAUACAGUCCGACUGAUAGAUUUGAUUGAUUGAAUUUUCUUUAACAUUUUAUUGCAGUUUCUUUACCGAUUUCGUACAAAUGUGAAUGCGCUUUAUGAAACCUAACUUAAUUCUUUAAAUUUUCUUAUAAAGUCUUUUAGGAAUGAGUAAAAAAUAUGAAUUAUUUAUUGUACUGAGCUUUCAUCUGUGCUACUUCUUGCAAGGCAUCUAAAAGUAAUUAUUUUAAUUUAAAGCCAUUAUUUUUAAUUUGAGUGUAAAACGUGGAACUUGGUUACGUGUCCUCAAUUUGAAGUGCCUAGUGUGCCUAUCAUACUGAUGAAAACAGUUCUGAAUGCGCAUUUCGAAACAAAACAAUCGUUUCUUGCUCUUUAAAUAAGUAAUUAACUAAUUAUUCGAGGAGUGCUUGAAAACAGUUAAUUUCAUUCCCUGCUGCUGCUUUUGCUAAAGGACAGGAUUAGUUAUGAAACUCGGAAGUGUUCUACUGAGUACUUAAAUUCCUUUCGAAAACGCUUAAAGUAUUACAGAUUUAGUACUUAACUUUAAUUUAUUAUGCAUAGAAUAUUUAAUUUUAAGGUAUCAGUUUGUACCUGGAAUAUAUAUAUAUAUAUAUAUAUAUAUAUAUCAGUCAUAAAAGUAUUAUAAUUGUUUUUCCAGAAAAGUGCUGUGCGGUAAAUAAUUGGAAGACUUCAAAAUUUUUUAAGUAUAAAACUGUAAAUUUUCUGGGAAUAAGUAAGAGUGCUUUUCUAAAUUCUAUGAAAUAUUUCAUCCUAGGGACCAAUUUUGCAUAAGAUUUCUCUUUAGAAUAAUUGUUCAUUUUUUUCUUGUGUGUGUUUGUGUAGCCAACAUUUUUGGAAGAGGAAGUUUGUUUUCUUUCAUCGCGUCUUAUUUUGAAAACAUUAUCUGAUGUGUAUUUGUUCAGGUUCAAAACAUCGUACAUUGAAAAUAACAACUUUUUGAAUAUGUUCAGAAUUACGUCAUUUUGCAUAGUUUCCUGUAAAAAAACAAAUCAUCAUCGCAUAAAAUGAUACACUUUAUAAAUUUAUUCGCAAGAUGAUUUUUUUAACCUUUUUCCGUCUUUUUUUCCUGUAGAAAUUUUAAAUUUUGAUACAUGAUAUUUUGCAUGCAUCAAAAUUUUAUGAUUUAGGAACGAAUAUGAAUGUAAAAUAAAAAUUGACAUUAAUGAACUAGAAACACUAAUUUUAAGUAUCUUAAUUUUGUUUUUAAUGAACUAUUAUAAAAGAGAAUAAUUAUAAAAUAUAUGUAAUGAUUUUGAAAAUAAAUUUAUAAUUCUAUAAUAUGCCAUUAACUCCAGGAAAAAUUAACAAGCGGUAGCUUCUUAUAUUUUUAUGAGUAAUUAUCAAUAAAAUUACAGCAUGUUAUAUGUAAAAAUUGACCAAAAAAAGAAAUAUUCAUUUUUGGAAGUAGUAUGUUGCUCUCUAUUAAUAAUAUUGCUUUAUGACUGAAUGUAAUUUUCAGGAUCCAACCAGAUGCUCUCAACAGUUGAGCUUAUUUACUUUUUAGUUUCAAUGGACUUUCAUGUAUGAAACUGUAGUAAUUACUUGUUAUUCUUCUGUGGUUGUUAUUGUACGAUAGAAAAUUUUGAUGCACCAAUAUUGUUUUUGGUAUUGAAUAGUUUAAUAAACUGUUGAUAAAAUU